AUGGUCAAGUGGUCGAGGUUCUCUCCCACAAACAAGACGUUGGACAAGCGUUAUCGCCAUCAUGCAACAAGGGACAGCUACUGGGACGGAAAGCGUCGCAAAAUCUUCAUCUCCCUCCUCGUGCCUUUCUUCAUCAUUCAAACGCUCUUCAUCGGCUUGCAAGCGUACAUUUACGGGGUGGCCUUCCACUCGACCUCGAGCGCGCACAACCUUCGCACCAUAGCAGUGGACUAUGACGGCGGCAUCGUCGGUCAGUCGAUGCAGGAAGCGUACCAUCUUUUGGAAGGCCCGGGGUUCAUCGGACUAGAAUGGCACGACGCGUCGGAGUAUCCCACUCCGGAUUCCAUCUACGACCGAGUGUUCCAGGGCGGCAACAUCUGGGCCGGCGUUUACGUCUUCUCCGGCGCUUCCGAUCGUCUGGCUGCCGCCCUUGCUGAUAACACCACUGCCCAGUCCUACAACAACUCCGGAGCCAUCGGCGCGGUGUACAAUCAGGCUCGGUAUCCCGACUUUGCCGAUGCGUACGUGAUGGCGGAUCUGGAAGAGCUGGUCAUCACGUCGAGAUUGGUGUGGGACGAGAUCAAUGGGACGAAAGCCUUGACUUCCAUCCCACACGACCACACCGCCUCGCUAGCGGUGGCACUCAACCCCAUCGGAUCGACCGUCCACAACAUCAAGCCGCUGAACGACGGGGUGGAAGUGUUCUACAACACCGUCGGACAGGUCUUCACCAUCCUCAUGCAAUUCUUCUUCCUCAUGGCCUUCAACACCCUCCUCCGCGACUGGCAGCUCGAUUCCAAACUGCCCAUCAAGCACUACGUAAUCAUGCGCAUCCUCAUCAGCCUCGUGUAUACCUUCGUCGGCAGCCUGCUCGUCGCGCUCAACAUCUACGCCUACCGCGGCAACACCACCUUCUCCGGCGCCCAAGUCGUCCUCCUCUGGAUGGCCUUCUGGCUCGGCCUGCACGUCAUCUUCCUCGUCAUGGAAAUCGCCACCACCUUCCUCCCUCAGAAACUCCUCCCGCUCUUCAUCAUCACCUUCAUCAUCGCCAACGUCUCCUCCGCCGUGUUGCCCUUCGACCUGAGCCCGGGCUUCUACAGAUGGGGAUACGCGCUGCCCUCGCGCAAUGUGUACCAGCUGGAGAUCACCAUCAUGAGCGGCGGCGCGAACAACUCGCUCGACGUCAACUUGCCCGUUCUCUUCGCGUGGGAAACCAUCCUCAUACCCUUGGCCUUCUUCUCGACCGUGUGGCGGCUGAACAAAGCGGUGGAAGCGGACCAGGAGGUGCAAGAGUUGAUCAAAGCAGAUCAAGAGCGGGAUGUGCAGACGGAAACGGAGGCGUCGAGGCGGCGACGGUUGGAGCUGGCGGAGUUGGCGAGGGGUAAUUUGCAGGAUGCCGCGCGUGGGACUUUUGGGCUUGGCUUUCCGGCUCCGGGGCCGUACAAUUCGUAUCGAGAGGAACUGCGGAAGGGAGAGGAGGUAGCCGAGGAAGAGGUCGAGGCAAGGCUUGAAGCUGGUGCGGGUGGGGAGAGUCGGGGCGCGAAGACCGAUGAGAGCGCAUCCAAUGAGUGA